AUGUUUCUGCAUUCCGGCGCCAGCCUACACGGCCACGAGUACUCGGCACACCGAUCAUCCACACAAGCUCCUCCCGGACGAUUGCCCUUCCUCCGAUCCGCGCUUCGAAGGCCUUCGGACGCCGACGUCACAGGACCACCGGCACCAGCAGCCUCGCCUGCGCCCCCAGCCCGGCCUGUGUCAUAUCAUGAGAAGGCCCCCUCGAUCACAUCAGUAACUCCAGUUCGUCGAACCUCCCGGUCCCGACCCAAAUCCGAAUACAUGCCCCGAAGAGAGCUCUCCGUUCGCUUUCGCGAGCCUGAGACCGAUGACGAUCUACCUCCUUCGGAAGUACAAAGCGAAGAUGAAGCCUGCUCAGACGUGGGCGAGCUAAGCGACUCCUCCACUGCAAGCCGGAGAAGGAGAAGAAAGCGUUCUCUCAGGAGAUCAACACAGUUUCUUCUCGCCCAUCCAGUUCCUCGACCAGGAGCCAAGCAACGCCGACUUGUUCAGGUUCGCCCACGAUUGCUUCUCCAGCUGCAGGAGCUGAGCGAGAAGCGCGCUCUUCCUGCUUUUGAUGUCCUGCCUUCAAGCCUGAUUACAGGACCCCUUAUUGUUCCUCGAUUAGCAAAGCGAUGUCCCUGUUUGUUCCGUGCCAAGCCCGUGCUUGGUCUUAAUGACCUCCUUAUCGUACGUAGCGAGGAUUACGACACACCCACAACUCCAGGUUCUCUUGAUUCCGAGGAUUCGCUUGACCAGAGGGACGUUGUGGCAGUUAUCAGUCCCCUGCCACACAUGGGUGACGACUCGGCCGAAAUAACCAUGGAAGACGGGUCGACUUGGGAGUCAAGUCGCAUGGCUAAUGGCUCCUAUGAGUUUAUUGGGGUGGAUGAGCGAGGCCGGAUCAGCACAGCGCGAUGGGUUAAGAAGUCGUCGACGCCAGUAACUACACCACUGGCAAACGGCGAUCAAACGCCUCCACCGAGCCCAGUCCCAUCAGAUGUUAAAUGGACUUUCAGUAUGAUACACCCUGAUACACGAAGACAUCCAAUCAUGGGUUCUCUCAUGUCGAACACGCUGGACGUUUUCGAUACUUACAACACCAUGUCGACUUCAAGUGGUCGAUAUCCUCCUACGCGAUGUACUCCCUUGGACCCCAAGUUGGCCAGCGACUGGAUCGUAUCUAACCCACCCGAGAUCCAAUCACGUCUGACCAAGGUGGUUCCAGAGGACAUCAAACUAUUAAUGGUUGCCACGGCUUCAUGGGUCAACCUGCGACACACCGGGUGGCCAGCUUCGGCAAUCUGCAGAACGCCGUCAACCUUGCAAAAGCGCACACCGAGUAACGCAGGCCCGCCGAGGGCCCAAACAUUUCCUGCUCGACCCAGCCUCACUGCUGUCAACCCUAUACACCAGGUGCAGCACGCAAACACAAGCCCUCCCGGAAGCUCCAUGGACAGCUCAUCCUCGGAAAUUCCCGGGCGCCGAAGGUCCAUGUCCUCCAACGCUGGUUUCGUGAAGAGAUUUGUGGUACCGCGAGCCAGUGAGGACGGACGACCACCACUCGAUAGCCUCGACUUUGAUAUUGAUAAGGCGCCUUCACGGCGCAUGAGUGUCACUAUGCGUUCAUUUGCGAACAAGAUCUUCCGCCGGAGGAGUAACUCCCAGGCACGGGUUGAGGAUUCUCUUAAAUAUAAAUUAGAAUACUAG